GCGUCUGGACGGAGGCAGCGGGGCCCAGGGCGCUCGUUCCAGCCCCUCCGUUUUCAACUGUCACCCAGCAGCUCUCCACCCACGGAGCCGGGACUAGACCAGCAGCGCCCGUUGUCACGUGUCCUCUGUGGCACCCUUGUCGCUGCGAAGGCAGAAUUGGGUCGUUGUGACAGAGACGUUUUGGUCUGCAGACGGGAACAUGUCCAUCUGUCUCUUCCAGAAAAUGUAAUAUCCAUCCCUCUGGCAGGGUGACCCGUAUCCCAGGGUACUAGUUUGGACAUAACUUACGACGACACCAGGAACAAUAGAAUCAUGUGAAGCAGGAAAAGCUGCAAGACUGGGUAUCAGUAAUUCCGGGGACACACCUGACUGAGGACAGAUUUCUGAACAGAAAUUUAGAGCUGACCCAGACACAGCAAGACAGAGCCGCCCAUUUCUGUCUCUUUUCAGAGAACGAGAAAAUGCCGCAGGCUCAGGAAUCCCUGACAUUUCACGAUGUGGCUGUGGACUUCACCUCAGAGGAAUGGCAGCUCCUGGACCCUGAUCAGAAGAACCUGUACAGGGACGUGCUUUUGGAGAACUAUAGCCACCUGGUGUCCCUGGGGUAUCAAGCCAGCAAACCAGAUGUGCUCUCCAAGUUGGAACAAGGGGAAGAACUGUGGACAGCACAGGAUGAACUCUACUGUCUAGUCUGUCCAGAACUUAAGAAAGUUGAUGAUCUUCUGCAUUAUCACUUGCAAAAUCGAAAUAUUCACAAGAGUGUGGAACAAUGCUGUGAAUAUAAUAUGUCUGCAAAUGUUGUUAAUCAGAGAGAAGGUCAUUUCCUAUUUAAGCAAAAUCAUGGUAUGUUUGAGGUACGUGAAGAACCUUCAAAAUCAAAUUUAUGUUUUGAAAACCAAAACAGCAGCUCUAACUUAACUAACGCUGUUGAGUUGAAUGGAGAUGGGACAUGCAUUCUGCAUGUCAACCAUGAACAAUUUUAUAACGAAAUUAAAUUGCCUGUCAGCAUGAAAAACAUCAAUAACAAUUCCCAGGUUAUUAAGCAUCAAAGAAUUCACAAUGUAGAGAAAGCCCAUGUAUGUAUUGAAUGUGGGAAAGCCUUCAUCAAGAUGUCUCAGCUCAUUCAUCAUCAGAGAGUUCAUACUAGAGAGAAACCUUAUGGAUGCAGUUUGUGUCGGACAGCCUUCUCCAGAAAAUUCAGGCUCACUGAACAUCAGAGAGUUCAUACAAGACUGAAACAAUAUGAAUGCACUGAAUGUGACAAAACUUUCCUCAAGAAAUUACAGUUCAAUAUACAUCAGAAAACUCACAUGGGAGAGAAGUCUUAUAUUUGUAGUGAGUGUGGGAAAGUGUUCAUAAAAAAGUGGCAGCUCAUUUAUCAUCAGCAAACUCAUACAGGAGAGAAACCCCAUGGGUGCAGUCUAUGUGGGAAGACCUUCUCUACAAAAUCUAAUCUCAAUAAACAUAAAAAAACUCAUACAGGAGAGAAGCCUUAUAUAUGCAGUGAGUGUGGAAAAGGCUUCAUCGAAAAGUGCCGUCUUUUUGCACAUCAUCGAACUCACACAGGAGAGAAACCGUAUAUAUGUAACAAGUGUGGUAAAGGCUUUGCCACGAUGAACACUCUUACCACACAUCAGCAAACUCAUACAGGAGAGAGACCCCAUGGAUGCAGUCUGUGUGGGAAGACAUUCUCUACAAAGUCUAAUCUCAAUAAACAUGAGAAAACUCAUGCAAGAGAGAAACCUCAUACAUGCAGUGAAUGUGGAAAAGGCUUUAUCGAGAAGUGUCGUCUUAUUGCACAUAAUCGAACUCAUACAGGAGAGAAACCCUAUGUAUGUAAUGAAUGUGGGAAAGACUUUGCCAUGAUGAACAGUCUUACCAGACAUCAGCAAACUCAUACAGGAAAGAAACCCUACAUAUGUAAUGAGUGUGGGGAAGGCUUCAGCAGGAAGAGUCUUCUCUUUAAGCAUCAGCGAACACAUACAGGGGACAAGCCCUAUAUAUGUAGUGCAUGUGGAAAAGGCCUCACCACGAAGGGUAGUCUCACUAUACAUCAGCGAAUUCAUACUUUAGAGAAACCCUAUAUGUGCAAUAAAUGUGGGAAAGGCUUCACUGUAAAUAGUUCUCUGAUUUUACAUCAGCGAACUCACACAGGAGAAAAACCCUAUGUAUGUGGUGAAUGUGGGAAAGGCUUCACUGUGAAGAGUUAUCUGAUUUUACAUCAGCGGACUCACACAGGAGAAAAACCCUAUGUAUGUGGUGAAUGUGGGAAAGGCUUCACUAUGAAGAGUUCUCUGGUUUUACAUCAGCGAACUCACACAGGAGAAAAACCUUAUGUAUGCAGGGAAUGUGGAAAAGGCUUCCCAGUGAAGAUACAACUGAUUGUACAUCACCGGUCUCAUACAGGAGAGAAACCAUAUAUAUGUAAAGAGUGUGGAAAAGGCUUCACCAUAAUGACCCAUCUUACCACACAUCUGCUAACUCAUACAGGGGAGAAACCCUACAUAUGUAAUGAGUGUGAGAAAGGUUUCACCAGGAAGGGUCUUCUCAUCAGACAUCAGCGAACACAUACAGGGGAGAAGCCCUAUGUAUGUAGUGUAUGUGGAAAAGGCUUCACUAUGAAGUGUAGUCUCACUGUACAUCAGCGAACUCACACAGGAGAAAAACCCUAUGCAUGCAGUGAAUGUGGGAAGGGUUUCACUAUGAAGAGUUCUCUGGUUUUGCAUCAGCGAAUUCACACAGGAGAAAAACCCUAUGUAUGCAGUGAAUGUGGAAAAGGCUUCCCCUCAAAGGUGCAGCUGAUUUUACAUCAACGGUCUCAUACAGGAGAGAGACCAUAUAUAUGUAGUGAAUGUGGGAAAGGUUUCAUAGCAAAGAGUUACCUCAUCAGACAUCAGCGCAAACAUACAGGAGAGAAGCCCUAUGUAUGCAGUGUGUGUGAAAAAGGCUUUACCAAGAAAAGCAGUUUCAUUUUACAUCAGCGAACUCAUACUUAAGAGAAAACGUAUACAGUAAAACCUAGAUAUAACAGACUCAUUUGGAGAGGGCAUGUCCAUUAAAGUCAAAAGUCCAUUAUAUAAUAAAGUAGGUUUUCCAAAUUCAUUUGUCAAAAAAUUGACAAAUUAGCCCUAGUCAU